CGCGUCUUCAACAUCUUCUGUCUCUACGGAAACGUGGAGAAGGUCAAGUUCAUGAAGAGCAAGCCGGGGGCAGCCAUGGUGGAGAUGGCGGACGGCUACGCCGUGGACCGGGCCAUCACCCACCUCAACAACAACUUCAUGUUCGGGCAGAAACUCAACGUCUGCGUCUCCAAGCAGCAGGCCAUCAUGCCCGGGCAAUCCUACGGCUUGGAAGACGGUUCCUGUAGUUACAAGGACUUCAGCGGCUCCCGCAACAACCGCUUCUCCACCCCCGAGCAGGCGGCCAAGAACCGGAUCCAGCACCCCAGCAACGUCCUCCACUUCUUCAACGCUCCCUUGGAGGUGACCGAGGACAACUUCUACGAG